CGCCGACCUCCAACACUCGCAACGGAGGUUGUUUGGCCUUGGGUCGCAGCUCGAAGCGAGUUAGUAGCUGGAAGACCCACUUGGACGUGCGGUGGAAGCUUGUGCUGAGGAUACUGGCGUCCUGGUAGGCCUGUCGACCACCCAAUUCCUCUAACUGCCUGUUGAUCUCAGCGAUGCGCUGCUUCUGCGACUCGUCCAGUGACUUGUGCUGCUUGAGGCGGUCCAACUCAUGCGUCAACCGAUGGAAGUUCGUGGUCACUUGUCGAGCUUUACGUCGCGACUUCAUGCGCGGAGGUGCAAUGUGCAGUGCCUUGCGGGACUUUUUGGCCUUCUUCACCUGCUUGGCCGCCGGCUUCGACGCCGCAGCACCGCCGCCAUUCGCAGCGCUGAUGCCCAUGGUAAAAAUGCAUUUACUGUUUGACUAAGUUGCUCUUGUGGCAACUUAAAAACCUUACGUUGCAUAAGUGCGACUACCAAGGUAGGUCGCGUGUCAAUCACAGACCUGAUAAUGCGCUUCGUGGCCUGCGUACUCUCUUCUCUAGCGGCAUGGCGCGCCGCCAAUGCAUUACCAAGUAGCGACGUGUUCCGCAGAGACCGCUGGACUAUGCAUGACCCCGGUUUCCAAGUGAAAAUCGACGUGGCACCGUCACAGGACGAGGUUUGGAUCACGGAACAGAGCUUAGCGGGCCAGGAGAGCGACGCGCUGCACGUUUCCUCCACUGUGUUGGACGUAUCUGUGUCGCUUCCCGAGGGCUUCAGUACCAAUGAAGCGCUCGUAACCAUGUCGAUUUUUGAACCGAGCAGCAGCAAUUUGGACGACGCGGCAUUCGAGAUGUUCAUCGACUCACAUCUACAAUAUGCGACGAAGUACCGAGUGGAGCUGGACCCCAACAAGGCCAGCGACCGGUUUGUGCUGCGCGUGUAUGUGGAAGUCAGUGCUGCGCAUCGAAAUGGCACAAAGGUGGAACAAGCUGGAGCCAAAUUACGAGCUUUCUAUGCCCGGUGGGUCGAUCUCAGUCCGUCGGAACCGAGGUUCCUGUCGUGUGAGAAGGAUGACACUAUCUACGAAUAUGAAGACGAACGGGUGUCGCCACACCCACCAACGAAUAUGCCUCAGGACCUGUGCAGUCGCUAUACUAUGGACGGUCGGAUGCCAGUCCGCAAGUGGUACUUUGAUGACCAAACCGGCGUGGAGCGUUCGUACGGGGAGGAAUUUUCACGCGAAACAAUUGAUUCCCUAGUCGAGGACGCACGCAGGAAAGUUACAGGGUAUUCUAGUGCAGACACGUUCCUGUACUCCGCACUGGAAAAAUAUCCGCUAAAAGACAAGCGCGUACUCAUCGUCGGUAGCAACGGCCGUCCAUGGAUUGAGAGUCUGUGUCUUGUUCAAGAAGCAACAUCCUGCACCACUGUUGCUAGAAAUCGACUACGCUACAAUCACCCAAAACUGCAGACUUUCACCACGGCUGAGUUUAUCGAUGAUAUUGCAGCAGCUGAGAGAUUUGACGUCAUACUUGCAGUCAAGUCAAUUGCGAGCGAAGGUCUUGGGCGGGCUGGUGACCCGCUGGACCCUGACCGCGACCUGAAGGUCAUGCAGGAGCUGCACAAACUCGCCGCUCCUUCCUGUAAGCGUAGCACCGAACAAGGGGAUCUAAAGAAGUCUGUCACCGUGUUCCUCGCUGUGCCAGUUGGACCUGAUACGUUGGUAUGGAAUGCUCAACGUCAAUAUGGGCCUCUCCGACUGCCUUUGCUCCUUCAGGACUGGCAGCUUCUCGACAGCUACGGCUUCUCCCAGGACGACUUCACCGCGCCGUUCACUGUGUCGCACUCGCCACUCUUCGUGCUGCAGUCCACUGCAUCAUGUGAUCAGGAUACUAGAAGCACUGCAGCCGAGGAGCACACGGAGCUAUAGCUGCCACGUCACAACACAUCAAAACCACCAAAGUCUUCACAAACGCUUUCAAGAUGCAGAAAUUGAAAGAAAAAAUGUGAAAAGGCGACACUAUAGUCGAUUCUGCGCCUGCUCUCUUGCUAUUUUCUCGUGAGCUCAAGCAUAGCGACGCGUCCACUCCGCAGCUUCAUUAACACGUAUACAGCACAACCAGUUAGCUCGCCAAACUUCCAUCGCAUUAUCUUACUCAACGUACCCAUCUGCACAGCUCCGGCUUCGUCCGUCUUCCAGUGGUCCGCGACGUCGUUGGCAAGCGGGUCAUCGGGGUUGGGCGCCGACAGCAACGCCUGGAUGCUCAGCAACACAGUGCGGAUCUGCAGGGCCGGGGACCAUUUGUCCUUGAGGAUGUCGAGACAGAUGCGGCCCAGCUUGUCGAUGUUGGGGUGAUAGAUGCGCGUCAGGAAGCGCACCUUGGGAGGGGCCAUGGGGUAGUCGGCCGGCAGGAACAGCUCCAGCUUGAAGAUACCGUCUGCGUAAAAUUACUACUAUAAGUCCCAAAUACCGUGCAUACUCACAAGACAGCCACGUACUCUCGUAGGGCGACGACUGCGGACCGGCAAUCACCACCUGGAAGUAGCGGAGGUUGUCUUCAUACGGCGUUGCACUGAUUCCAGCCACUGCAGACACACACUAGUCAGCACGCAGCUCUGUUAUACACUUCAAUAUAACCGUAAUGUACGCACCAGGCUCCGCUAGCAGCCGUUGGGUUUCCUACACGCAACAGAUACAUCGUCAAGUGAUUGAAUGCAAUCCACGCCUUCCGACAUCGUCUACAGCAGCUCAGCGAGGCG